AUGGCCCGUGAUAUCCUCCUCAUAGUUUACAACCGAUCUCUGUUCAAAGCCCACUGGGCCAUCUACAUCCCCAGCCUCGCUGAUCCAGGCAUUGGCAAAAAGAUACAUGUUCAAGGAGACGUCUUGAACGGAUUCACUUUACAAUUUAUGCGGAACUAUUGCCUAAAUUCGGAACCACUCACCCACCAAGAAGUGCCUAUUGGUCGGGUUGCGGAUGAAUUUGUUGUGGACGGUCCUGGAGGAGACGAAGUGCCGGAUGUAACGCCAACAGAUCGUAUCGAAGAAGUUGCGUUAUCCGUGGCAGCACCAGGUCCAAGCAUGAACUCAGCUAGUAAUGGUCCGCCUACAGGCAAGGCGCAGCUUCGGGAUUGCCAGAGCUGGGUCAUCGAUAUGGUGGCAGCUCUUGUUUGCCAGGGUAUUGUGGCCGAAGAGGCCAAGGAAGUGGUUCAGAAUGCUCCAAAGCAUUAA